GUUUUAUGUUUUAAUAAUGCCCGUGUUGUCUUGCUCAUGUCACAUCAUUGUUAUUAAUUUAAGGAAAAAACACAGGAUUUUACUGAAGUGGUAACUUCAAGAUUAGUUUUUUAUUGUGUUUUCUUGUUUUUUUCCCCCUUUUCUUUUUGCUUUUUGCCGUUUUACUUGUUUUAUGCUUUGCUUUUUUUCUAACAAUGGCCUCUUCUUUGCUGAUUUGUUUAGCUUAGAGAAGGGAUAAUUUGAUAACUUCGAGAUUUGUAGUACUAAUAUUUUAGUGCAGAUAAUUCUGGUGGGUUGCAGAGAUAAAAACGAAUACCUUGUUUUUUUCUUUCUAUAUUAUGUAUUUUAUUGAUUUAUAGUACAUUCCGUUCUUCUUGUUUAAUGCUUUACCAAACAAAAUGUUUGUUGAUUUCUGUAUUUGAUCGUGGGCUUUGACCUGGACCAAGAAAGAUCGGGGUUUCUUUUACCCUUUUGACUAAGGAUCCAUUUUCCUUAAGCUCCCCGCCUAUUUGUUUGGAAUUUUUUUUGGGUUUAUUACCCUUUGGGAAGAGUUCUGUUUCUGUUUUUGCUCGCAGUUAAUCAUUCGUGGGCCAUUGGCGCGCUCCUUCAGUCAUGUCCGGUGAAUCCUCUACGGCCCUUUCUAAUGGCAAUGCUGGUGCACCUUCUGAUCGGCACCGUACUUACGAAGUUGUGGUGGCUGUUACUAGUAAGAUGGGUAUUGGCAUGGAUGGAAAAGUACCAUGGAAGCUGCCAACUGACCUCAAGUUUUUCAAGGACAUAACUGUGACCACAUCUGAUCCUACCAAGAAGAAUGCUGUCAUUAUGGGUAGAAAGACCUGGGAAAGUAUUCCCUUGGAGCACCGUCCUCUUCCUGGUCGCCUAAAUGUUGUUCUGACUCGGUCGGGUAGUUUUGACAUUGCAACUGCAGAGAAUGUUGUAAUCUGUGGGAGCUUGCUAUCUGCUUUGGAACUGUUAGCAGCAUCUCCUUAUUGUCUGUCAAUUGAGAAAGUGUUUGUUAUUGGAGGUGGCGAGAUUUUGAAGGAAUCCCUCAAUGCUCCUGAAUGUGAUGCUAUCCACAUCACUGAAAUUGAUGCUGAUAUUGAAUGUGAUACUUUUAUCCCAGCUAUUGAUUCCUCUGAGUUUCAGCCCUGGUAUUCGUCUUUUCCAUCUAUUGAAAACAAGCUCCGCCACUCCUUUACUACUUAUGUCCGUGUGAGAAAUUCAGGAGUUGAACCUAUCAGUCAGACCAAUGGCGUAAUUCCUGGCAACAGUUUGGACAUUGCUAAGAUUGAAGUUAAGACAUUCUCUUUUUUACCUAAAAUGAUCUUUGAAAGGCAUGAAGAGCACAAGUAUCUGAGACUUGUGGAAGACAUAAUCUUAAAUGGCACGGCAAAAGAUGACAGGACCGGGACUGGUACUAUGUCAAAAUUUGGUAGUCAGAUGAGGUUCAAUCUGCGAAAUUCAUUUCCAUUGCUGACCACUAAGAGAAUAUUUUGGCGAGGUGUUGUUGAAGAACUUUUGUGGUUCAUUAGUGGCUCAACAAAUGCUAAAGUAUUACAAGAAAAGGGGAUUCAUAUAUGGGAUGGCAAUGCAUCAAGGGAUUACCUUGACAGUAUUGGUUUGGCAGAGAGGGAAGAGGGUGACCUGGGGCCUAUAUAUGGAUUCCAGUGGAGACAUUUUGGUGCUAGGUAUACUGACAUGCAUGCUGAUUAUACUGGCCAAGGAUUUGAUCAAUUGAUGGACGUAAUUGGAAAAAUAAAAAAUAAUCCAGAUGACAGGCGGAUUAUACUUUCUGCUUGGAAUCCUUCUGAUCUGAAGCUAAUGGCACUUCCACCUUGUCACAUGUUUGCACAAUUUUAUGUUGCAAAUGGAGAGUUGUCCUGCCAGAUGUAUCAGCGUUCUGCUGACAUGGGCCUUGGUGUUCCAUUCAAUAUUGCAUCUUAUGCUCUGUUUACAUGCAUGAUUGCUCACGUUUGUGAUCUUUUACCAGGCGAUUUUGUCCAUGUUAUUGGGGAUGCACAUGUGUAUCGCACACACAUCAGACCUCUGCAGGAUCAAAUUCAAAAACAACCUAAACCCUUCCCAAUUUUGAAAAUCAAUCCUCAGAAGAAAGAUAUAGAGUCUUUUGUGCCUGCUGAUUUUACUCUCCUAGGUUAUGAUCCUCACCAGAAAAUAGAUAUGAAAAUGGCAGUGUAGACUUCUAAUGUUGAUUAGGAAGAGGAGCAUGAAGACUCUUUUGCAUCCUGUUCAGCAAAAAUGAGCUCUCAUUCUGA